AACAUUAUCAGUUCAUAUCUAUUUUCCGACACUUUAUUUAGUUUAAAACUAUUUUUUGAACAAUAUUGGGAACGAUAAUUUAAGUAAUAAUAUGACGUUAUAAAUGUGGCACCAAACUUUAAAAUGUGAUAUUCGAUUCAUUAUUAAUUUAUGCUUCCCUGUCUUCUACGCAUUGUUUAUCUAUAUCCGGUUGUACGCAUUUACGCAAGCUCCUAUGUUGUACGCUUGUGCCCAAAGCCGGAAGGUUAUUAUAUCUAUUUCAGAAAUCAUGUGCCUGGGUUUUAACUGUGAUAUUCAUCUGCUGAAGAUGAAUUUUUGGUGAGAAAAAAAAAUAACAUUGUUGAAGUGAAGAAUUUGAGAGAUCUGUAGAAAACAUAAAAUUAAGAUGGGGGAGUGUUUACAGCUCGGAGAGUCUACAGUCUACCAACCUCUGAAGGGGUUGCAGGAUAUUAAGUGUCUACACGAUCUAACGGAAGAUAAUAUCCGGGACAUUUUGAGAGGAAGUCUCAGGGAUGAUAGUUUGACUGUUACUAAACUAGGCGAGCUGACGGAUAUGUCUGGAACUAAUGAUGCAUUUAAUUCAAGUAUUUGCAGUCUUGAGGUUACAGUUGAGUUUAACAGUAAAGUAGAGACUACUGAUGAGGGUGUGCAGGGAAGAGAAACUAAAGCCUUCAAUUUUGUUGUUAAAUCUCCGCCCAAAGCAUCCUUCGUCCGACUCAGUCACAAGAUGAGUAAACCCUUUCUCAACGAGGUCACGUGGUAUUUGGAGAUGUUGAAGCAGAUUGAGUUUGUUGAGAAGGAUAUGACAGAUUCAGAUUUCAAAAUAUCUAAUCUAGGCACACUCAUUUACCCAAAUGCAGACUAUUAUGAUUUUUUAAAGUGA